GAAUACCAUGCUUUAUGAACAGGUAAAAGUAAACCUACAUUGAGUUUUGAAAUGUGGUUUAAGGGAGUGACCCAUAUGUGAACAUUUUGAAGAAGCAUCAAAUGUGAUGAAAUAUACUAACUUACACCAUUGGCAUCCUGUCAAGUGGAAAGGCUGCUCUAGAAGACAGUCCAUCACUAAUGAUGCAUGCUCUGUGAAGACAACAACUAUCAAGCAUGGCUUCUAAGCCAGUAUCUAUUGUCCAAACAUACAUAAGUGGGCUCCGUUCUAAAUCAGAAGAUGAGAAGUCCAAGACUGUCCAUGAGCUGUACCACUAUGUCAGCACCGAGCUGCUGGAGGUGCCGCCGGGAGAGCUGCAGGCCUUCAUGGACGAGUUCAACCACCAGAUAUUCAACUUGGCCUCCAGCGCCGACAGCAACGACAAAAAGGGCGCCAUUCUGGCCACCGUGAGCCUGAUCAGCGUGGACGUGGGCAACAGCACCACGCGCAUCUCGCGCUCCGCCAACCUGCUGCGCAACCUGCUGCCGUGCGCCGACAUCGGCGUCAUCGAGCUAACGGCCAAGGCGGUGGCGCGACUGGCCAUGAGCUCCGGCCUGAACUCGGCCGAGUACGUCGAGUUCGAGGUCAAGCGCGCGCUCGAGUGGCUGGGCGGCGAGCGCAACGAGAACCGGCGCCAGUCGGCGGUGAUCCUGAUCCGGGAGUUGGCCGCUUCUGUGCCGACCUACUUCUUCCAGCAAGUGGGUCCGUUCUUCGACAUCAUCUUCUGCGCGGUGCGCGACCCGAAGGCCAGCAUCCGCGAGGGUGCCGUCAGCGCCAUCCGCGCCGCCCUCCAGGUCACGGCGCAGCGCGAGGUCAAGGAGACACAGAAGCCGCAGUGGUACCAGCAGUGCUUCGGAGAGCUGGAGCACGGCUUCGUCGACGAGAACCUGCGCGGUCUAACGCGCGACGACCGCGUGCACGGCUCGCUGCUGGUGCUGAACGAGCUGCUGCGCUGCAGCAACGUGGACUGGGAGGUGGAGCAGCAGGAGCUGGAGGCGGUGGCGCUGCACCAGCCCGAGCGGCACGCCCGGCACCAGCAGCAGUCGGCGCCGCGCCAGCGCCGCUACAAGGCCAUGCUGCUGCGGCUGGCGCAGAAGCCGACCUUCUCGCCCAGCUACCUGCUGAGCGGCGCGCCCGUCAGCGGGCAGCCCCUGUACGCCAGCCUGACGUGUCGCGCCCUGCUCAACGCCAAGUACACCGCCGUCUGCCACCACGUGACGUCGAACAUGUACAACAAGAGCCCGUACGUGCAGCAGGUGAUCCUGGCGAUGCUGCCUCGGCUGGCGGCCCUCGACCGAGCCAAGUUCUGCGCCAAGUACAUGCCGAAGGCGGUGCAGUACAUCCAGUGGUGGCUGCAGCGGAAGGACGCGCCCAAGUCGUCGGCGUUCCUCUGCCUUGGCUUCCUGGCGGCCGCCGUCCGCGAGCACAUUACCAAAUAUAUCCCGAACGUGCUGGACGCCAUCAAGGCCAACAUCAUGCCCAAGGACGGCUCCCUGAAGAAGCGCGGCGCCGCCGGACACACCGACCCGGCCGUCUACGGCUGCAUCUGGCUGCUGGCGCGCGCUGGCCGCAUCGAGCUGCGCGCGGAGAUGGACGAGCUGCUCAACCACAUGCUGGCCUCGGCGCUGACGCCGGCGCUGACUCACGCCCUGCAGGAGAUCGCCACCCAGAUCCCGGAGCUGCGGGUGAAGGCGGGCGACGGCCUGAUGACGGUGCUGUCGGCGCGGCUGGGCGUCAAGCCACCAGUGCUGCGGCACCGGCCGCCGGCGACCGCGCACGCCAGCCUGCCCGCCGACCGGGCCUCGCUCAUCAACACCACGCUGGCAAUGCGCACGCUCUCGCACUACGAAUACGACAACUGGUCGCUGAUGAUGUUCAUCCAGUACUGCGCCGACCACCAUCUGCUCUCGGAGGACGCGCAGGUGCGGCUGGAGGCGGUGCGCACCACCUCGCACCUGCUGACGCCGUCGCUGCUGGGCGUCACCGGACGCAGCUCCAGCCUGCAGAAGAGCGUCAGCGACGUCAUCAGCAAGCUGCUCGCCGUCGGCAUCACGGACACGGACCCGGAGAUCCGUCUGACGGUCUUCUGGUCGCUGGAGGAGCGUUUCGACAACCAUCUCGCCCAGGCAGAGAACCUGAACGCCCUGUUUGUGGCGCUGAACGACCAGGUGUUCGAGAUCCGUGAGAUGGUGCUGUGCAUCAUCGGCCGCCUGAGCGCCAUGAACCCGGCAUACGUCAUGCCGAGCCUGCGGAAGACGCUGAUCCAGAUCCUGACCGAGCUGGAGCACAGCGGGCUGGCGCGCAACCGCGAGCAGUCGGCCCGCCUGCUCGGCCACCUGGUGUCGUCGUCGCCGCGGCUGACGCGGCCCUACCUGCGCCCCAUCAUGAAGGUGCUGUGCCAGCGGCUCAAGGAGAGCGAGCCCAACCCCGUGGUGGUCAGCAGCAUCCUCUACGCCGUCGGCGAUCUGGCCCACGUGAGCGGGCCCGAGAUGGGCCACUGGGUCAACGAGCUGUUCCCGCUGCUGCUGGCCAUCCUGGCCGACAACACGUCGCUGGCCAAGCGCGAGGCGGCGCUGUACACGCUGGCCAACCUGGUGCAGGCGCGCGCCGACCCGUCGGCACCCUCGGUCAGUCCGUACCAGCAAUACCCGCAGCUGCUCGACCUGCUCAUCGGCUUCCUGAAGACCGAACAGCAGCCCACCAUACGCCGAGAGACGAUCCGCGUGCUGGGCCUGCUCGGCGCCCUCGACCCGUACCACUACAAGACGCUGCGCCAGGAGGAGAACGAGGAGUGCCUGGUCAUCCCCGACCCGGACACCACCGACACGCUCGCGGACGCCAACAGCAGCGUGCGGCUGGUGAAUAUGUCGCAGGUCUCCAUGGAGGAGUUCUACCCGGCCGUGGCGUUCGGCACGCUGAUGAAGAUCAUCCGCGACCCGGCGCUGUCUCAGUACCACACCAUGGUGGUGCAGGCGAUCUCCUUCAUCGUCAAGUCGCUGGGCACCAAGUGCGUGCCAUACCUGUCGCAGGUGAUGCCGUGCCUGCUGCUGGUUAUUCGCACGGCCGAUCCGCCCUUCCGCGAGUUCCUCUUCCAGCAGCUGGCCACGCUGAUCGACGUGGUGCGCCAGCACGUGCGGCCCUCGCUGCGGGACAUCUUCGCUGUUAUCAAGGAGUUCUGGCAGCUGGACUCGCCGCUGCAGCCGACGCUAAUAGCGCUGGUGGAGCACAUCGCCGUGGCGCUCGGCUCUGAGUUCAAGACGUACAUGCCGCAGCUGAUCCCCAACACACUGCGCGUGCUCUACCACGACACCAGCCGGGACCGCGUGGUCACCAGCAAGCUGCUGUCGGCGCUGCGGAAGGUGGGGCGCAACCUGGACGACCACCUGCACCUGGUGCUGCCGCCGAUCGUGCGGCUCUUCGACCCGCGCGAGGCGCCGCUCUCCGUGUGCCAGGAGGCGCUGGCCACCGUCGCCGACCUGGCCACCAAGCUCGACCUCACGGAAUACGUCGGCCGCAUCAUGCACCCGCUGAUCCGGUGUCUGGACACGUGCCCCUCCCUGCGCGCGCCGGCCGUGGAGACGCUGUGCGCGCUGAUCCAGCAGCUGCGCCGCCGCUACGCCCUGUUCAUGCCGGCCGUCAACAAGGUGCUGCUCAAGCACGGCGUGCAGAACGUCGAAUACGACCAGGUGGUCAGCACGCACGUCCUGACCUCGUCGAUGGAGGACGACUGUCCCAACAGCGUGUUCCAGCCGGGCUUCGUGCAGCCGGAGACCGCCGAGCCGGCGCCGUCCAAGAAGCUGUGGGUGUCGGUGCACAACCUGCAGCAGGCCUGGAUGGCCUCCCGCCGCAUCAGCAAGGAUGACUGGUCCGAGUGGCUCCGCCGGCUCAGCAUCGCCGUGCUCAAGGAGUCACCCUCGCACGCGCUCAGGUCGUGCUGCGCGCUGGCCCAGUCGUACCCGCAGCUGUCGCGCGACCUGUUCAACGCGGCGUUCGUGUCGUGCUGGUCGGAGCUGGACAAGGAGCGCCAGACCGAGCUGCUGGACGCCAUCCGGCUGGCGCUGCGCUCGCAGGAGAUCCCCGAGAUCACGCAGACGCUGCUCAACCUGGCCGAGUUUAUGGAGCACUGCGAUAUGGAGUCGCUGCCGAUCGAGAACCGGCUGCUGGGCGAGCAGGCGCUCCGCUGCCGCGCUUACGCCAAGGCGCUGCACUACAAGGAGGAGGAGUUCCACAAGGGCGCUACCACCCAGGUCAUCGAGACGCUCAUCUCCGUCAACAACAAGCUGCAGCAGAAGGAGGCUGCUCAGGGUCUGCUCGAGUACGCGCGCAAGCACCACACCAAGUCGGUGUCGGUGCAGGAGCGCUGGCACGAGAAGCUGCACGACUGGCAGUCAGCGCUGGACGCCUACACGGCCAAGCUGGCAGAGCCGGCCGACGACGCCGAGCCGGUCGACGCCGACUUCCAGCUGCGGCUCGGCCAGAUGCGCUGCAUGGAGGCCCUCGGACAGUGGGACCAGCUGUCGGAGGUGGCCGGCAGCGUGUGGCCGCAGGCGACGCAGGAAGUGCGCCAGAAGAUGGCGCGCAUGGCGGCGGCCGCCUCGCUGGGCACGGCGCGCUGGCAGGCGCUCGAGCCGUACGUGCAGGCCAUCCCGCGCGAGACUCAGGACGGCGCCUUCCACCGCGCCGUGCUCGCCAUCAAGCGGGACCAGUUCGAGGAGGCCAAACAGUGGAUCGACACGGCUCGCGACCUGCUCGACACCGAGCUGACAGCCAUGGUGGGCGAGAGCUACCAGCGGGCCUACGGCAGCCUGGUGGGCGCUCAGAUGCUCUCCGAGCUCGAGGAGAUCAUCACCUUCAAGCUGGUGAAGGAGCGGCGCGCCUCCAUCCAGACCAUGUGGUGGGACCGGCUGCAGGGCUGCACGGCCACCGUGGAGGACUGGCAGCGCAUCCUGCACCUGCGCUCGCUGGUGCUGCCGCCGCAUCAGGACAUGCGCACGCGGCUCAAGUUCGCCGCCCUCUGUCGCAAGAGCGGUCGCCUGAACCAGUCGCGCCAGAUCCUGGCCGAGCUCAUGUCCGGCGCGUCCGGGCCGUCCCAGAGUGAGAACCCGCACGUGCGCUACGCCUACAUCAAGUACCAGUGGGCCGCCGGCGACAAGCUGGAUGCGCUCAAGCGGCUGGAGAGUUUCGUCUCUGCCUCGGCCAACAUGUACGGCCGGUCGGCGUCGCUGGCCUCCAGCCAGGUGCCGCAGCUGAGCUCGGACGAGCCGCGCGGCGAGUCGCCCGCCAUUCUGCUCUCGCGCUGCUUCCUCAAGCUUGGCGCCUGGAAGGAGGAGUUUGAGCCGCUCUCCGAGACCACCAUCCCGCCGGUGCUGCAGUACUACCAGUACUCGACCAAGUACGACCCGUCCUGGUACCGCGCCUGGCACGCGUGGGCCUUCAUGAACUUCCAGGCGGUGCUAUUCUUCAAGGGCCGGUCGGCCGGCGCCUCGCCCGCCGCCGGCGCCGGCGAGGCCGUCUCAGACCGGGCGGGCCGCCACCUGCCGUUCGUCGUGCCGGCCGUGCAGGGCUUCGUGCGCUCCAUCUCGCUCAACACGGACAACAGUCUGCAGGACACGCUGCGCCUGCUCACGCUCUGGUUCGAGUACGGCCAGGUGGCCGAGGUCAACGACGCCCUCACCGACGGCCUGCGCAAGAUCAAGAUCGACAACUGGCUGCAGGUCAUUCCUCAGCUGAUCGCCCGCAUCGACACACCCCGGCCCCUGAUCGCCCGCCUCAUCUCGUCCCUGCUCACCGAGGUCGGCAAGACACACCCCCAGGCUCUGGUGUACCCCCUGACGGUGGCCAAGAAGUCGUCGGUGCCGGCUCGCGAGAAGGCGGCCCAGAAGAUCCUCAAGAACAUGCGCGAACACUCGGAGACGCUCGUCCAGCAGGAGUUCCUGGUGUCCGACGAGCUGAUCCGCGUGGCCAUCCUCUGGGACAACCGGUGGCACGAGGGCCUGGAGGAGGCGUCGCGCCUCUUCUUCAGCGAGCGCAACAUCCCGGCCAUGUUCGCCGUGCUGGAGCCGCUGCACGCCAUGAUGGACCGCGGACCGGAGACGCUCAAGGAGAAGAGCUUCACGCAGGCGUACGGCCAGGACCUGCAGGACGCGUACGAUCUGUGUCGGCGCUACAAGCGCACGGGCAACGAGCGCGAGCUGAACCUGGCCUGGAACCGCUACUACCAGGUGUUCCGACGCAUCUCCCGCCAGUUACCACUCAUCACCAACCUGGAGCUGCCGUACGUGUCGCCGGCGCUGAUGAACGCCCGGGACCUGGAACUGGCCAUCCCCGGCAGCUACGUGCCCCACCGGCCUAUCAUCCGCAUCGCCAAGGUCAAGUCCAGCCUGACCGUGUUCAGCACCAAGCAGCGGCCCCGCAAGGUCACCAUGAGAGGCAGCGACGGCCGCGACUACACGUUCCUGGUGAAGGGCCACGAGGACCUGCGUCAGGACGAGCGCGUCAUGCAGCUGUUCGGACUGGUGAACACGCUGCUGAAGACCAACCCGGAGACCAUGCGACGCAACUUGGCCAUACAGCGGUUCGCUGUGGUGCCUCUGAGCACCAACAGCGGCCUGAUCGGCUGGGUGCCGCACUCGGAUACGCUCCACACGCUCAUCCGCGACCACCGCGACAAGAAGAAGAUCAUGCUCAACAUCGAGCACAAGAUCAUGCUGCGGAUGGCGCCCGAGUAUGAGCACCUGACGCUGAUGCAGAAGGUGGAGGUGUUCGAGCACGCGCUCGAGACGACUAAGGGCGACGACCUGGCGCGCCUGCUGUGGCUGAAGUCGCCCUCCUCCGAGGACUGGUUCGACCGGCGCGCCAACUUCACCCGCUCGCUGGCCGUCAUGAGCAUGGUCGGCUACGUGCUCGGUCUGGGCGACCGGCAUCCGUCCAACCUGAUGCUGGACCGGAUGAGUGGCAAGAUCCUGCACAUCGACUUCGGCGACUGUUUCGAGGUGGCCAUGACCCGCGAGAAGUUCCCCGAGAAGAUUCCGUUCCGUCUGACCAGGAUGUUGGUGAACGCCAUGGAGGUGACCGGCAUCGAGGGCACCUACCGGAUGACCUGCGAGUCGGUGAUGACGGUGCUGCGGAAGAACAAGGACAGCCUGAUGGCGGUGCUGGAGGCGUUCGUGUAUGACCCGCUGCUGAACUGGCGUCUGGUGGACAGCCCCCGGACGCAGGUGCGCCGCCCGCUGCCGGCCGGCGGUCCGACGGCGGAGGGCAGUGCGGAGCUGGAGCCCGGCCUGGCCAGCAGUCCGCCCAUGCGCAGCCGCCACAACAGCAGCAUCGAGGGUCAGCAGCGCAUCGGCGACGGCGACGCCGUGGUGCCGGAG